CCUACUGUACAAAAUUCGGACGAACCAAACUCACAUUUGAUUUCCUCUUCGGCCGGUGCGUCAGUCAAGCCAGUUAUCCUCACCGGUGACCACUGACCAGCCACCACACAAUGCUUCCGACCACGGCGGCCGCCUCAGCGCCUCCGCCGCUACCUGCCCCGGCGCCUGGCGAGCCGCACGCUGCCCUCUUCCUUGCCCUGGGCUACAUGCGGCUGCCCGAGCUGCUGGCCUGCUGGCGCGUGUGCCGCCUCCUCGGCGAGGCCGUCGCGGGGGACACCCUCCUGUGGCGUCGCGUCGCGGUGGAGCCGCCUCUCAGCAACCGGGUGACCGACGAAAUCCUCGCCAAGUUGACCGCGAGGGCGGAGGGGACGCUGCGGUCUCUCCACCUCGUCGGCUGCUCCCGCGUCUCUGACGCUGGCCUGCUCCGCGUCGUCGAGCAAAAUCCCCGCGUCACCGAGCUCUAUGUGCCCACAUGUACAGGCUUGACUGGUGAUGGGGUGGUGAAAAUUGUUCAGCUUCUGCAUGAACACAAGGGAAAUAUAGACCAUCUCCGACUCAAUGGUAUUAGCAGGAUGAGUAAGCAUCAUCUUGAUGUUAUCAUGUCUCUGAUGUCCAAAGGUAACCCACAAGUACAGCAAGAUAGAAGCCCACUCUUCUACAACCAUAGAGCCCACGAAGUGCUGAACACCAAUGAUGAACGCCCUAUUGAUGUUGAUGUCUGCCCAUUGUGCACAAACGUCAGGCUUGUGUUUGAUUGUACGAAGGAUGACUGUAGGAAAGUGAAGCAUAGCUUGCUGCGGUGUCGAGGCUGCUACUUCUGCAUUACUAGAUGCGAAAAAUGUGGUGCCUGUAUCAGUUCGGAGGAUCGAACCGAGGCUGAUCUUGCUUGCUCAGACUUUAUGUGCUUGGAUUGUUGGCUUACGCAUGCAAAAUGUAGCAGCUGCAACCGGCCUUACUGUGAGCGGCAUGAAAAUUUGAUGGUCCCUUUGUCAAUGCCUGGCCAGUUUUCAUGCCAGCGGUGCGCGGAGCUCGGUGCAUCACUGGAGAGUCAGGAAGAUGGUUAUUAGAAGUGAGCCCCCCUCUCUUAUGUACGCUUGUGUACUUAGUGGUUAGAUAUGCAGGUAGAGUUUCUAUAGAAACAUUUGCUAUUGGAUUUUACCCAAGCUCGAGCUUACAGGGCUGAACAUACUAUGAUGCUGAAGUAUCUAUUGAUAUUCAUCAGAUGAAGCGGCUGCAGAUUCCA